CUGGGUGCGGGCGCGGGGGGUGCCGCGUAUAUAAGCGGCGGGCCCGCUGCUGCGGCGUCAGUCGCGCUCGCCUCACGCCUGCCGCAGCACGCUCCCGCUCGCGCCGCCAUCCGGCACUCUGCCGCUAGUCUGUGUCGCGCCGCGCUCUGCGUCCACGCUGCUCUCUGCAUCCGACAUGGCUCAUAUCGUCCCGCGUCGCACUCUAACACCAGAUUAACCGCUCUUUAUUGUAUGAAAUAAGGGCGUAUCCAGAGCCGGCAGUUCAUCUACUACAAUCGACGAGGAACUUUAGAUCUAAACAGUUAAAUAGGUAGGGCUUCAAAAUGAUGAUACAUUCGUCUAGCGAGGAGGAAGUUCCUCCGGACUACCUAGAGAUAGUAGAAGAACUCCGCAUAAAUAAUGAAUUAAAUCGUGAGGAAGGCAUCAGAAUGUUUAUAGAGGAAGAACGCGACUUUGAGCAUGACGAGGAGGAGGUAGCCGAGGAGGAGGAAGAGUUGGGCAGUGAGGAGUCUGAGAUUGAGUCAGAACUUGCGUCCGCGGCUGAACUUGCCGAUCUGUUCACCGCUGACGGUUUUGACUUAAUCUUAACGUUAAAUAAUUACCGUUCUGAUUUAGAUACCGAUUCAUCGAACUCAGACUCUGAUAGUGAAUAUGGUGGCAACGGCAUGCAAAUAAAUCUUAACUUUACUGGUGAUGGCAAUGGACAAGACAGUGAGUGUAUUCCCCCACAUGAACUAGAGGACGCCGAACCUGAAGAGAAUGAAGAAGAAGAUGGAGGUGAGCAUGAAGAUCUCGGAGCUGCGCAAGGGGCUGCGCAUGGUGCUGCUCAUGGCGCAAUAGGAGUCAUGCACCAUCAAGAAGACAACGACAGAGACGACCAAAACCACGACCAAGAACACCAAAACCAUCCAGCGAUUGAAUUAGGUGGUGGGUUCCAGUUCAAUGUGGUAGGUGAUUUAUACAGGAUACACGAUCUAGGUCGCAUGAUCCAUCACAACCUAUUACGAAACGGCUAUGCCAAUCUUGCCAAUUUGGCAAAUCAACCAUUUGUUAUAGACGAGGAAGACCAUUUUGGCCACAUUGAACCUCAACACAGACAUAAUGCUCAAAGGGUGAUUCAACGAUUUGCAAAUAUGGACAUAAAUAACGGGCUUUUAGAUGAAAACCCUGAACCAGAGCGAUAUCCGAUUGUAAAUCGCCUCGGAGUUGGUCGUGAUAAUCAGGUUAUAGAAAUUCGUAUUGAUGAGCCGGCUCCUGAGGCUAUAAAUAUGCCAGAUAUCGAGGAAGCGCCUCCACUUGGGCCAGUGCCAGCCGGGGAUCAGCCGGGCCCAGCUCAACCGGGGCCUGCUUUUAGAGAUCGUCAGCGAUGGCCUGCUUUGAGAGAGCAGCAAGCAGGACCUGCUUUUAGAGAAGAACACCAGCCUGGACAUGCUCUGAGAGAAGUCCAACCAGGCCCCGCUUUUAGAGCACCCGAGCCUGGGCCUGCUCUGAGAGAACCACAAGCUGGGCCUGCUUUUAGAGCUCACGAACCUGGGCCUGCUCUGAGAGAACCACAAGCUGGACCUGCUUUUAGAGCUCACGCAUCUGGGCCUGCUCUGAGAGAACCACAAGCUGGGCCUGCUUUUAGGGCUCACGAACCUGGACCUGCUCUGAGAGAACCACAAGCUGGGCCUGCUUUUAGAGCUCACGCACCUGGGCCUGCUCUGAGAGAACCACAAGCUGGGCCUGCUUUUAGAGCUCACGAACCUGGGCCUGCUCUGAGAGAACCACAAGCUGGGCCUGCUUUUAGAGCUCACGAACCUGGACCUGCUCUGAGAGAACCACAAGCUGGGCCUGCUUUUAGAGCCCACGAACCUGGGCCUGCUCUGAGAGAACCACAAGCUGGGCCUGCUUUUAGAGCUCACGCACCUGGGCCUGCUCUGAGAGAACCACAAGCUGGGCCUGCUUUUAGAGCUCACGAACCUGGGCCUGCUCUGAGAGAACCACAAGCUGGGCCUGCUUUUAGAGCUCACGCACCUGGGCCUGCUCUGAGAGAACCACAAGGUGGGCAUGCUUUUAGACAGCACCAUCCAGGACCUGCUUUGAGAGAGAAUCAGAAUGGCAUUGCACAAAGAGCACUUCAGGGAGCAGCCGCGCGAAGGGAGCAGCAGCGUAGGCGACGUGAACCCCGAAUGUUGGCUCGAGCUAUACUGGCUCAAGCAAUGCUACACGCUAUGCCUAACAAUAUGGAUCUGCCUCAAGAUAUUCCUCACCCCGAACCUCUCCAACGUAUUCAACGGCGUGGACUUAUACUAGCUGACGACGGACCUAUACCAGUGCCUCGCCAAGAAGCUCGUCACAGGUUCCAAGCCCAGCCACUGGCCAUUCCUUACCGGCCGGGCCAGCGUCAUCCGGACUCCGAUUCCGACUCAGAUUCGGAGCCAGUACAAGGCAUUCCGAAUGGCAUAGACUCUUCCGUAGAGCGCCCCGAUCACUAAUCUAACACUAUUAAGCACAUAUUAUAUUUAUUCUAGCCUUUUUUUUGUAAAUACGCCUUUUAUAUUCCCUUCCCAAGGAACACCAAGCACAUUGAAAUUAUAAAUUGAGGAUAUUAUUUAUCAAUUAGUUUAUCAAAACAGAAAUGAACAGUAGGUAUACAUUUAAACUGAGUAACGAUAUUGGUAGAUUCAUUGCGAUACGCGUCAACACAAGUAAUUUUGAUUCCGAGAAGGUUGUAAUCACGAUUCUUUUUAAGCCUUUGAAUGCUGGUAACAAAAACGAUAUUCUUUUAGUAUCAAAUUUUUUGAAGUAUCGCAUUAAUUAUUUCAUUUUACAAUUUGGCCCUUUUUCCUUUAUUGCAUAUUAUUCUGAUGGCUUUUUGGUUUUUGAAUGCCUUUCUCAAAUCGCAUCAAAAAAAAUUUCUAAUAUUCAGAUUUUGAUCUUUUCAUUCAUCUUUAGUGCUAGGUGUUGUAUAUUUUUCUUAUCCGUAGUUCUGAUAAUGCUAGUGUAAGAAGUGCAUUGUGUUUCGAAACAUAUACCAUUAAGUACACAAUUCUGCUAUUUUCCAUCUUGGUUAAAAUAUCAUAAGCUGAACAUUGCAUCUGUACAUUCAUGGCUCUAUCGAGGUCUGUUCAAGUUCUGGUGUUAUUCCUUUCUUCCUUGUUGUUUCCUUCUUCCCUUUCCCAAACAAAACAAACACGCACAACACACACACUCUCGGACGAGGCUCCGAAAUGAUCAGGGGUCGCAAACUUUGGAGCUUACGAAAUUUACGGAAGACUAAGACAUUAGAAACAUAGAAGAGCCAUAUUGCCCUAUAUUUAAGAACCAAAUUAGCUCCAGAAUUACUAACAAGUGAAUAAAACUAACCAACCUACACACAUUA